AUGCAUCUGGUACCUAAAGAGGUUCGUCCGUCCAAAUUCGCCAAGACUAGAGACCCAGUUUGCGGAGUCAUGUCGUUGGUUGGAGACAUGCUCAUCGACAAGCUCGUCAUCUCUCAGCUGGGAGUGCUUGCUCAGAGGAGGUUGGCGAGAGGUGUUAAGUUGAAUCAUUCAGAGGCUGUGGCUCUUAUUGCUAAUAACCUUCAUGAACUCAUCAGAGAUGGAAACCAUACUGUUGCUGAUCUCAUGGCGCUGGGUGCGACAAUGCUAGGACGUCGCCAUGUUCUACCUUCUGUCUGCACCACUCUCCACGAGAUUCAAGUUGAGGGUACCUUUCCAUCUGGUACAUAUCUCGUUACAGUCCAUAACCCCAUCAGUUCAGAUGAUGGAGAUCUGCGUCGUGCUCUUUAUGGAAGUUUCCUUCCAGUGCCAGACAGCAGUGUCUUUCCCAUGGCAGCUGCAGAAGAGUAUCAACUCGAUAAGCAGCCUGGUGUCGUGGUGCCUGUCAAGACCAAGAAGAUCACUCUGAAUGAGGGCAGGAAGAGAAUCCGGCUUCAAGUGACGAGUACGGGUGAUCGGCCUAUCCAAGUUGGGUCGCAUUAUCACUUCAUCGAGACAAACCCGCAACUUGAGUUUGAUCGUAUUCACUCAUACGGUUACCGACUGGAUAUCCCGGCCGGAACAUCGGUACGAUUUGAGCCUGGAGAUACCAAAACUGUUACCCUUGUUGAGAUUGGCGGCAACCGUUUAAUUCGCGGCGGUAACAAUCUCGCAUCGGGUGUUGUCGAUCUUUCACGCAGUGACGAGAUUCUCGCUCGCCUGCAAGAAGCUGGGUAUGCCCACAAGCCGGAUCCUGCAGGAGACAUGGCCCAUAUCGACGUCUUCCAGAUGGAUCACGCUUCAUAUGCGACCAUGUUUGGGCCUACAACUGGAGACCUUGUUCGACUUGGUAGCACAGACCUGUGGAUCAAGGUCGAGCGCGACGAGACUGUUUAUGGAGAUGAGUGCAAAUUCGGCGGCGGAAAGACAUUGCGUGAGGGAAUGGGCCAAGCAACUGGAAGGUCUGACGCUGAGACGCUCGAUCUCGUAGUGACAAAUGCUCUUAUUGUUGACUGGACAGGUAUCUACAAGGCAGACAUCGGAGUCAAAGAGGGUAUGAUUGUGGCAAUUGGCAAAGCAGGCAAUCCAGACGUCAUGGAUGGUGUGACUGAGGGAAUGGUCGUUGGAAGCUGCACAGACGUUGUCGCAGGCGAAGGAAAGAUUGUUACCGCGGGUGCCAUCGAUUCGCAUAUUCACUUUAUCUGUCCCCAGCAAAUACCCGAAGCACUUGCAUCUGGUGUAACCACCAUGCUCGGCGGUGGUACCGGUCCAAGUGCUGGAACCAACGCGACUACUUGUACACCCGGCGCUCACUACAUGCGUCAAAUGCUUCAAGCAUGUGAUCAGCUGCCUAUCAAUAUUGGCAUCACAGGUAAAGGCAACGAUAGCUCCCCCGAGGGCCUGCGUGACCAGGUAAACGCUGGUGCAUGUGGCCUUAAGCUUCACGAGGACUGGGGAUGCACGCCAGCUGCUAUCGAUGCUUGUCUCGGUGUCUGUGAUGAGUUUGAUAUCCAGUGUCUCAUCCAUACUGACACACUCAACGAGUCUGGUUUUGUCGAAUCUACCAUCGCUGCGUUCAAGGACCGAACGAUCCAUACCUAUCAUACAGAAGGUGCAGGAGGUGGUCAUGCUCCCGACAUCAUCUCUGUUGUAGAGCAUCAGAAUGUGCUCCCGUCGUCCACCAACCCCACAAGACCGUUUACGCGCAACACUCUCGAUGAACACCUCGACAUGCUUAUGGUCUGCCAUCAUCUGUCCAAGAAUAUCCCAGAGGAUGUAGCUUUCGCAGAGAGUCGUAUCCGCGCUGAGACCAUCGCGGCUGAAGAUGUCUUGCACGAUAAAGGUGCCAUCAGCAUGAUGAGCUCUGACUCGCAAGCCAUGGGUCGUUGCGGAGAGGUCAUUCUAAGGACUUGGAACACGGCGCAUAAGAAUAAGAUCCAGAGGGGUUGGUUGCCGGAGGACGAGGGCACAGGAGCUGACAACGCACGUGUGAAACGCUAUGUGAGCAAGUAUACCAUCAACCCGGCCAUCGCGCAGGGCUUUGGACAUGUUGUAGGAAGUAUCGAGGUUGGCAAGUUUGCUGAUCUUGUUUUGUGGGAUCCGGCGUGGUUUGGCACGAAGCCUAGCUAUGUCCUCAAGGGCGGACAUAUUGCGUAUGCUCAGAUGGGAGAUCCCAACGCCUCUAUCCCGACAGUUCAACCUGUUAUCGCCCGUCCCAUGUUCUCGCCUCACUGCGCCUCUACGAGUAUUCUAUUCGUCUCAUCCGCUUCUAUCGAGUCCGGGGCCAUCGCCUCGUAUGGUCUGCGCAGUCGCAUUGAAGCAGUUCGGGGAUGCAGAUCUAUUGGAAAGAGCGAUAUGCGCCAUAACGACCUUAAGCCACGCAUGCGUGUUGAUCCAGAGAGUUAUACCGUUGAGGCUGAUGGGGAGGUUUGUGAGGCGGCGCCGGCGGAAACGCUGCCCCUUACACAGCAAUUUUACGUAUACUGA